GCUUAAUUUUAAAAAAGGAAAUAAAAAUUUUAAGUCGGUUUUGGAUGUUAUUUGCUUUUGCUUCCUCUUUUGACGACUCUUCUUCUUCUUCUUCUUCAAUAUCUCUCUAACCUUGAGGAGGAAGGCGGCGGCGGCGCGAUGUUACUCUCACGAGGGUUGUCCCGGAUUUCAAGAAACGGGUAUCGUCAUUGUUUUCUUUCUCGUGGACUAGACCGCCCUUUCCUUCUUUCUAACACUUCCCACUAUCUUGGACGCUCUACUCCAAAGUAGGUUUUAAAUCAUAGAGAAACUUAUUCCUGGAGUUUAUCUACACUGUACGGCUUCAAACAGCAGAUUCAUCAUCAGAGCAGCUCAUUGAUUGAGGAUCAACUUGACCCAUUCUCACUUGUCGCUGAUGAACUAUCGCUACUUGCAAAUAAGUUGCGGUCGAUGGUGGUUGCUGAGGUAUCUAAUUGUUCUCUCUCCCAUCAUUUCUGUGGUUCCCAAACUCGCCUCAGCUGCUGAGUACUUCUUCAAGAUGGGAGUAGAAGGAAAGCGAUUUCGUCCCACUGUUUUGUUACUGAUGGCAACAGCUUUGAAUGUGCACAUACCUGAACCAACACCAACUGGAGUUGGAGAUGUUGUGGCAACAGAGCUACGUGCAAGACAACAGAGCAUAGCUGAAAUCACAGAAAUGAUCCAUGUGGCAAGUCUUCUUCAUGACGAUGUGUUGGAUGAUGCAGACACUAGGCGUGGUAUUGGUUCACUAAAUUUUGUUAUGGGCAAUAAGGUAGCAGUAUUAGCUGGGGAUUUUCUCCUUUCACGAGCUUGUGUAGCCCUUGCUUCUUUGAAAAACACAGAGGUGGUUUCACUUUUGGCAACAGUUGUAGAACAUCUUGUUACUGGCGAAACCAUGCAGAUGACUAGUACAUCUGAGCAACGUUGUAGUAUGGAGUAUUAUAUGCAAAAGACAUACUACAAGACUGCAUCUUUGAUUUCAAACAGCUGCAAAGCAAUUGCACUUCUGGCCGGGCAAACAGCAGAAGUUGCAAUGUUGGCUUUUGAGUAUGGCAAAAAUCUGGGAUUGGCAUUUCAGUUAAUAGAUGACGUCCUUGAUUUCACAGGCACAUCUGCUUCCCUUGGAAAGGGUUCAUUAUCUGACAUUCGACAUGGAAUUGUGACUGCUCCAAUACUGUUUGCAAUGGAGGAGUUCCCCCAAUUACGUGCAGUUGUUGACCGGGGCUUUGACAAACCUGGAAAUGUUGAUAUUGCCCUAGAGUACCUUGGAAAGAGCCGGGGAAUACAAAGGACAAGGGAGUUAGCUGCGAAGCAUGCUAACCUUGCUGCAGCAGCUAUCGAUUCACUCCCGGAAACUGAUGAUGAAGAAGUAAGAAAGUCAAGGAGGGCACUAGUAGAUCUCACACAAAGAGUAAUCACAAGAAAUAAGUGACGGUAGACUUUUGAUUCCGACAACACUGCAAUAGAAAUUUUCUUAGUUUUUCAAAUAGUAUUCUUUUAGCUGAGGAUCAAUCUCCUCUUAUCGUUUUGUUUUGAUUAAUUCAAUUACAUAAGUUGUUUAGAUUAUAAAUUUUUUCUUUUGCCAAUAGCACCUGUUUGUAAAUUGUGAAUCAUGUGGUCAAGGGUAACAAAAUAAUAGCUACUGCUCAUGUAGCUAUGAAACUGUAGAUUUCCCACCAUCAGUUGAUGGUCAGGCAUAGGGGUCUCUUUAAGAAAAUGGAAAUUAUAUCUAUCAAAUUGUUGCAA